AUGGCGGUCGGCGGCGAUGCCAACGGCGGCGGCGGCGGCGGGGUGCGGCAGCGGCAGCGCGGGUGCUCGUGCACCAAGGCGGACUUCUUCCCGGAGGAGUCGUUCUCGAGCUGGUCGGCGUACGGGCGCGCGCUGCGGAGCACGGGGUCCCGGCUGGCGGACCGCCUCACGUCGCGGUCCCUGGAGUCGACGGAGCUGCACGAGGUGCGCGCUCGCAGCGGCGCCGACAUGAAGCGGGACCUCACGUGGUGGGACCUCGCGUGGUUCGGCAUCGGCGCCGUCAUCGGCGCCGGGAUCUUCGUGCUCACAGGCCAGGAGGCCAGGAAGGACGUCGGCCCCGCCGUCGUCAUCUCCUACGUCGUCUCCGGCGUCUCCGCUCUUCUGCUACACCGAGUUCGCCGUCGAGAUCCCCGUCGCAGGUAA